AUGACGACGAAGAAGCGUAGCCCUCUGCAAGAUCUACCGCCGGCGUCCUCAAGCGACGAGGACGAGAUUUCCGGUGCAGAAUCCGAAGAAGAAGCUUCUUCGGACGACGAAGAAACCAUAGAUCCCGCCGCCAAACCUUCUUCCUCCGCCGCCGCCGCCGCAAAGGAGUCUUCCGAUUCCGAAUCUGGAUCGGAAAGCGAGACCGACUCCGACUCCGAAUCGAAUCCUCCUCCGACUCAAGGAUCUGUGAAAUCCUCUUCCGCCGCGAAGCCCAAAAAGAAGGAAACCGCUCUACCUCUCCCGGCGGCGAAAUCAGGAGCCAAGCGUCCUAGCGAAGGGACAUCGAGAGAAGCCAAAUCGAAGCGAGCCAAGAAAGCCACUUCCGGAGACGAGGAGAAGAAGCCUGUUCCUGCUUUUCAGAGACUGUGGCCUGAAGAGGAUGAAAUCACAAUCCUUCAAGGGAUGAUUGACUUCAAAGCCGAUAAAGGUAAAUCUCCAUACCAAGACAUGACUGCUUUCUACGAUUUCAUCAAAGGAUCCAUCAGCUUCGUGGCUGGUAAGAAUCGGUUUAUGGAUAAGGUUAGGAGCUUGAAGAAGAAGUACAUGAACAAGGAGAAUCCUACUUUCACUAAGCCUCAUGAACAGGAUUGUUACAAGCUGAGCAAACAUAUUUGGGGAUCUGAUGGAUUAGCUCUUGAAUCCGCUGUGAAAUCAAACCGUGUGUCUUCUAAGAAGAGUACGAGAAAGCUUGACCCUGUGAAGACUAAUGGUAAACAGAAAGCUGUGGAUGUGGAAGAUGAUGAUGUUGUGGCUGACUUGUUCGUUGGAGCCAUUGCUCGUUUUGGUGUGGAUGAGAGUUUUCUGAAGCAGUGGUGGAGUGUGGUACCUGUGGAGACGAAGAAGAAGAUUGAAGAGAAGGUCAAGGUGUUGCAUGGUGAGGAGAUCGAGUUUUUGUUGCACAAGACUGAGUUUGCGAGUGAGGUUACUUCUAUGAUUUUUGAAUCCACCAAGAACAUGCCAGUAGACAUGUGA